UAAGACCAGCCGCUCUGAGGGGGGGAGCAGUCUGAGCAGAGGUGCAUACUGGGAAGUACAUACUAGGAUCAACAUGGAGGAAAUAUUCGGGAAAAACGGGAUGGAGACCCCGGAGCCGGUGAAGGCCGAGGUCACAGGCGUCCUCCCACCGUGGCUGCAGGGCUCUCUGCUGAGGAACGGACCCGGCCUCUUCUCUGUGGGAGACUCCCAGUACAACCACUGGUUUGACGGGAUGUCCCUCAUCCACAGCUUUACCUUCAGCCGCGGUGAGGUCACCUACAGGAGCCAGUUCCUGAAGAGCGAAACCUACAAGAAGAACAUCAAAGCUGACCGGAUCGUCGUCUCCGAGUUCGGAACCAUGAUCUACCCGGACCCCUGCAAGAACAUCUUCUCACGGGUCUUCACACACAUGAGCAACAUCAUCCCGGACUUCACGGACAACAACCUGAUCAACAUCAUCCGGUACGGAGAGGACUACUACGCCUCGUCGGAGGUCAACUACCUGAACCAGAUCGACCCGGCCACCCUGGAGACCGUGGGCAGGAUCAACUACAGGAACCACAUCGCUCUGAACCUGGCCACGGCCCACCCUCACUACGACAGCAAAGGCAACACCUACAACAUGGGCACCUCCAUGAUGAACUUCGGCCUCCCCAAAUACGUCAUCUUCAAAGUCCCGGGCGAUGCUUCAGAUAAGGAGCGUAGGAAGCCGGCGCUGAGGAAGGUGGAGCAGAUAUGUUCCAUCCCGUUCCGCUCGACGCUCUUCCCGAGCUAUUACCACAGCUUCGGCAUGACGGAGAACUACAUCGUGUUCGUGGAGCAGCCGUUCAAACUGGACAUCAUGAAGCUCGCCACCGCUUACUUUAGAGGCGUCAACUGGGGCAGCUGCCUCAAGUUCGACAAGGACGACAUCACUUUGUUCCACGUCGUCAACAAGAACACGGGGAAGGCGGUGUCCACGCGUUUCUACGGCGAUGCUCUGGUGGUCUUCCACCACAUCAACGCGUACGAGGCGGACGACCACCUGGUGUUCGACCUGAUCAGCUAUAAGGACAGCAAGCUGUACGAGAUGUUCUACAUGCACAACAUGAAGCAGGACGCCAGCAGUUUUAUGGAGGCCAACCGGAGCGUCUGCAUCCCCGACGCCCUGAGGUUCGUCCUGCCUCUCGCCGUCAGCAAGGCUCUCAAAGGGUCCAAUCUGGUGACUCUGGAGGGAGAGGCGGCGACGGCGGUGAUGAAGGAGGACGGAUCCGUCUACUGCCAGCCGGACUUCCUGUUCAAAGGUCUGGAGCUCCCGGGCAUCAACUACAACUUCAACACCAAGAAGUACCGAUACUUCUACGCGUCCAAAAUGGAGUUAUCCGCUCAUCCAAGCAAAAUCGCGAAGUUCGACAUCUUGACGAGGAAACUCGUGGAGUGGCAUCAAGAGAACUGUUUCGCCUCGGAGCCGGUAUUCGUGGCGUCUCCAGGAGCCGAGGAGGAAGACGACGGUGUGAUCUUAUCAUCCGUGAUCUCUCCGGACCCGAACAUCUCACCCUUCAUGCUUGUCCUCGACGCCCAAUCCUUCAAGGAGAUCGCCCGGGCGUCCAUCAGCGCUCACGUCCACUUGGACCUCCACGGACUUUUCAUCCCCGCCACCGUGUGACGCAAUGACACGUAUUUGUUGUUUGUAGAUUCUGUUUCUCUACAGUUUCACCUGGCAGGAAAUGGAGAGCAUUGGGCAGCAGCAUAGUGUAGAUUAAGGUUAGACCAGCUUGAAUGUAGUUUUUAACUUAGGUAAAGAAAGGAAAAAUAACUAAAUGAAAUAUUUAAAAAAUAUAUUUAAACAGAAAUAAAAAAAACGUGUUUAAUUAAAUGGUUACAAUUUUAAUACAUGUAUUAUAUUCAUGUGAAGAGGUCUAUCUUAAACCUGGCAAUCACAGAAAUGACCCUUUUGUUGGAUUAGAAAACUUUAUCCAAAGAUGCGAUUUAAAAAGUUUCUCAUGUGUUCAAUAUGAUUUAUUACCUUUACUUUAUCCCGUUGUUAUUUUGAACAAGAACGUUGUGCUUUAUUCCUGUUCACUUGUUUCAGUGUUACAGUAAAGCUCUUGGUCUCGAUAUGUUGACUUUUGCCGUCUCAAUUAAUUAAAUGUUAAAAAUCUUAAUUUUUCUACAUUUGGUUUGUCGUUAUUGUGAUUUCUUUAAAGAUAUGUAAAAGUGAACAAACACUUCAAAGCUUCACGUGAUUAUUUUUUAUUUGUAUUGUGUUCUGUCUUUAUCUAUUAUGCUUCUGAUGUUAUGUAGCCAAAGCUGUUUUCCCUGUAACAAGGACACCUACUGGUGUACCUCGGUAUUGCACCAUAAGUGCCUUUAUUUCGCCUCGUAAGUCAUAACGAGUUCAGUUCAGCACAAGUAGUUCCCACGGUCAGAUCCCAGGAGUAGAGACGUCCGUAAAUUUGUUGCUAUACUAAAUAUCCAUUAAAUAUAUGAUAUACUAUAUUAUAAUAUAUUCAUUUAUGUAGCAUGUCGAGCAAAUUAGUUGUUAGUUGUUUAAACGGUGCUAUUGUAUUGAGAGGUGUUAAUGUAACUAGCCUGCUAAUUUCAUGUAGCUCGUGGCUAUCGUCCUCAUGUAGCUCGUGGUGAUUUUGUGUAGCAAUUUGACACAUGGUAAUUUUAUGUUUUGUGCUUACUUUUAGUUUUACGGAAAGAUUGAAUG